UAACUCCUCCUCAUCUUCGGCACAGUAGCUGUGUCUACGUGCGGGUUUCAGAGACGAAUCACAUACCAACAGGUGAAAGUAUGGACACCCAGAGACAGGUUGUGGACAGGCUACGGUCAUCGUUUCGGUCAGGAGUCACAGUGCCGGAGCAGUUUCGUAAAGCACAGCUGACCAAGCUCAUGUCCAUGCUCAAAGAGAACGAGGAGAGGUUCUUGGAGGCCCUGCACAAAGAUCUGGCAAAGCCAAGAUUUGAGGCCGUCCUUUCCGAGGUAGACAUAGUGAUCAACGACCUUCACGUCACCAUCGCUAACCUUUCAAGCUGGAUGCAGCCGGAGUAUGUCAGCAAAAGCCUGGCCACAAAGCUGGAUGACUGUUCUGUGCGGAGGCAACCAUUAGGAGUUGUAUUGAUCAUCGGGGCGUGGAACUACCCCCUGCAGCUCCUUUUCUUGCCCAUGGUUGGAGCCAUUGCUGCAGGAAACUGUGUGAUCCUCAAGCCGUCAGAGGUCAGCGCGGCCACAGACAGGCUGGUAGCAGAGCUCGUCCCCAAAUACCUGUCUCAGGACUGUUUUGCAGUUGUUAGUGGUGGAGCAGAGGAGACAAAGGCCCUUCUGCAGAAUCGAUUUGAUCACAUCCUCUACACAGGUUCUCAGAAUGUGGCCCGCUCCAUCCUGCAGGCCGCCGCCGUCCACUUGACUCCAGUGACUUUGGAGCUGGGCGGCAAGUGUCCCUGCUUCAUACACGGUCAGGUAAACAUUCAAUAUGCCGCUCGCCGCUUGGUGUGGGCCAAGUUUUUCAACGCCGGCCAGAGCUGCGUGGCCCCAGACUACGUGCUGUGCUCGAUGGCCACUCGGGAUGCCAUAUUGCCUGCAAUGCGCCAGGCCCUGGAAGAAUUCUACGGCAAGGAGCCCCAGAAGUGUCCCGACUUUUCCCGCAUUGUGACACCCCGACACUGGAGUCGUCUGAUGGACCUGCUUGGGAAGACCAGCGGCAAAGUUGUAGUGGGAGGAGAGAGCGACCAGGAGGACAAGUACAUAGCUCCCACAGUCGUGGUGGACGUUCCUGAAGACGAUGUCCUCAUGGCAGAGGAGAUCUUCGGCCCCAUUCUGCCCAUCCUCACUGUCGAGUCCCUGGAGAAGGGCAUCGACUUCAUCAACAGCAAAGAGAAGCCUCUGGCCCUUUACACGUUCUCAAACGACUCAUCUGCAGUGAAGGAGGUUAUGGAGAGGACGAGCAGCGGAGGAUUCUGCUCUAACGACGGCAUCGUCCACAUGACCCUGCCUUCCAUGCCCUUUGGAGGAGUAGGGGCCAGCGGUUUUGGUAACUACCACGGCCGCUGGGGCUUUGAGACGUUCAGCCAUCACCGAGCCUGCAUGCUGCGCGGCUGGGCCUUGGAGAGACUCAACAGUCUGCGCUACCCGCCUUACACCGAAACAAAUCUGGGCUGGCUGCGUUGGACCGCCUCGCCGAACACCACCUGCUCGCUCAUGUGAUACCAGGCGGGGCGAGUGUGUGAGUACGCGUGAAUGAGAAACUAGUGGAACUUUUUAUACUGUAUGUAACGGUGUGAGUGGAACACGAUGAACCAGCCUGCUGGGACGAUUGUGUUUGCUUGCUUAGAUGUUAAUGUGCCUUUUCUGUGUAUCUCUGAACACGUUACAUCCCAUAAAGCAGACUUUAAUAAUCAUGCCAAGACUAAUUUUAGUUUCACAUCUACAGUGUUUUUAGCAGAUACCCAAUGCUGUGUUAUCGUCUACCUGUGGUCCCACCUUUACCCCACUGGGUCCUUAGUUUUAUCUUAAAUACCUGGUGUGCCUAUCUUUAUGCUUUUGCACUAAAAUAUUUACGCAGUAAGAGUUUUGGCACAGUGUUACUGUUUCUAACGACCUCAUUUGAACAACUUUUAUAUCAUCUGGUCAGUUGGUUUAUAUAUUUUUUUCUUGGUGUCUGUCUUUUAUUGCUGUUCAUGAAUGAAUAAAUAUAUUAAGUAAUGUAAAUAAAAUUGAAAUUACACUGCUAUCGCCAAACA